AUGUUAGACAGGGAUACUGUGCACUACGUUCUCUUUUUAGACCAAGCCACCCUGGGAGAACAAGUAAAAAGAGUAAAAGAAAUUGAAGCAAUUGAAAGUGAUUCUUUUGUUCAGCAGACAUUCAGAUCAAGUAAAGAUGUCAAAAAGUCGGUAGAGCCGAGUGAGGUAAAGCAUGUGACUCCAGCCUCAGGACCAGCAUCAGUAGCUGCUGACCCACCCAGCACUGGAAAGGAAAUAGACCCUGACAGCAUCCCCACGGCUAUCAAGUACCAAGAUGACAAUUCUCUAGCUCAUCCAAAUUUAUUUAUUGAAAAAGCUGAAGCUGAGGAAAAGUGGUUCAAGAGAUUGAUUGCUCUCCGACAAGAACGACUGAUGGGCAGUCCUGUGGCCUAAGCAGUAGACUUACGGUCGGAUUGACAGGAAGCUUGGAAACUUAGGUUUUAAAGACCAACAUUAACUUUCACUCUCAAAAAUAGCAGCCAGUUACAUGAAAAAGAAAACUCAUUUCUUCCUCGUGUUCAACUAAAUAUUUGGUAACUUGAAUCAAACAUUGUGGAUAGUGAAUCUGUUAUAAACGUGCUGAGUGCAUGAACAUAUUAUACUGUUAAUAAAGCAAAUAAUAAAAAUAUCAGUGUUGAAAUAAA